UACACGAACCCUUCACAAUUGUUUUUCUGUGGCGAUCUGUUUAUAUUGAUGUUACAGUUGCGUAGCCGAGCAUUUUGAAUGAUACGUCCCGAGAAAGUGUUUCAGGAAAUUUAUUCGGACAUGUAGUUUGCGAUAUUGGAUUGUAUUUGGGCGGCGAUGUCAUCCGAUCGAGCCGGUACUGCCAACGACGAGGAUGCUUUCAGAACGGCCGACAACAGACUUCAUUUUCAGUGUUAUGUGUACAUUCCAGGGAGCAUGGAUUGGGAAUCACCGGAAAACCAACGUCAAAAUUUUGUAUUCAUCGUCUAUUCUGUGGGCGAUUCCUCUGCUGAUGACACAGAUGGUGUAAAUAAAGAUAUUAAGUCAACGGGAACAGUGACAAUCGAAGUCUUUUGGGGAGCUGCUGGUGGAGUUGUUGCUCUAGCUGUCGUUAUUGUAGCUAUUGUUUUCAUUAACAGAAGAUAUCGGUUGCCUGGUAGGCACACCUCAGAUAAAACAAAACAUACCAAAAUUAUAUCAAACCCAGUGUUUGUGAGACAGACAGCGCCAACUUACGACCACCUGACUUCUAGAGAGCAGACGGAAUACACAGAAAUAGUGCUGGCAGUCUACAAAACCAAAGCACCUCGUAUGAGCGUCUUCACACCAGAGAAAAAGCCGUAUACACAGAGUUGGGAAGUGUUUUUUUCCAGAGAGUAAGACGCAGUGAGUAUACAUCGUCGUCACAAAAACUAAAUAUGCACUUAUCAUCUUAAACGUGGAUUAGUUUUUGCAUUUACUGAUUGUUCCAACGUGAUUACAUUUGUUUAACAGAAAAGACUUAAUGUUGCAUAGGUAUUGAACGUUUGUGUUUCGUCAUGUUUAAAUAUCAUACAAACUGUGUCAAUGUAUCAUACCCUCUUCGUGUCAUAUUCUUGUGGCCUUGUGGUCCUGAUCUUACAAUGGAGACGAACCUAGAAGCUAAUCAACUAGCGAUGAUAAUGAAUAGAGGAAGGAUAUUCAAGGCCAAACACACUAACACACAACAUCAGAAUGCAACAAACAUAUAAAAACUAUUCAUACCUUAAAAUAUCUGUAUUGCUAAUAGUUGGGGUUACUGCCUCGAAACGGCCAUGGUUCUAUGUUUAUUGCCAUGAUGCCUCUUCAAUGUAGGAUAUAUUUUGCUACUUUUCAUGUAAACAAAUAUCAUGAAACCUUUGGAAUUGUCUGAGCCCUUUUGUGUGUAUCAUAUAUAUUUAGAUAUGUGAAUCAACAGACAAACUCGUCCGCAGCAGGCACUAAUUAUGAAGUUCCUGAAAACCGUAAGUCUUCCAAUAUGUUUCAUUCAAUCGAAUGCGAAUAACUGUGGACUAUACUUGCGGACAAAAGAAAUUGUACGUGUUUAGAAAUUUGUUUUUUUAACCAGAAGUAAAUCAUCUCAAAAGGUACAAUAUCUGGAGU